GUGAAUGAGAAGAGUUAGAGAGUUCACCUGGCUGGAGAAGAUGAACGAAGAGUGGAAUUCUGCAAGUGUUUUUUACCUUAUCUUAUCGUCCUGUGUUUUGAGGUGUUUUCCACUCACAUUUCUCCAAAGUUAUAAUCUGAUAAGUCCCGAUCAUAACCCGAUCAACUGAAGACAGCCACCGAUGAACCUCCCAAAAGAAGUAGAAAAGAGAGAUAAACCUUUUGUGGUGACCAUGUGACCUGGCAAAAUACUGGAUGGUUUUUAUUCCAAACGCGAUCAUAACUCAUAAAAGUUGUAUCUGUGUGACCAAUGCGAGAAGUAUUAGUGCCUUGGAGGUGUAAUUCAAGCUUCGACCGUUUCAUUGUUUCUCCAACCACGAAAGCACCAACAGUGCCAUAUUCAAGCUAAAGUACGAUCGCAAACCACAUAAGAUUUACUUUCUUCCUCCACAUCUGAGAAUUACGUAACUUUCUGUGCAUCACGAAAUUUACUGAUUAACCCAAACGGCAAGUGCUCUAAGUGUUUUGGUUUGUAGGAGAUUUUUAGUGAAAAUUUUGUGCACAAAGCGUGAAGAUUAGUUAGAAAAAAAAGUUCUGUGAUAAUAAAACACCUCUAUGUUGGAUAUCACGUGAUUGUUCAGAAAAGAAAAAGAGAAAAAAAUGUGUCGUUGCUUGCAAUCAAUAUGGGAGGAUUUCUAUUGGCACUGCAUUGAGGAAAAGUUCUGCUACGACGAGAGUAUCGCCCAUUACAAUCCAGAUGAGGAUGAGUACAUUGUGGGAGGAAAAACAAAGAAUGGACUAAUCGUCGAUGCCAAUCCGGACAACAACAAUCCACCAAUUUGUGCUCAACCCGUGAGACUUCAACGCAAUUGUUCAACAAUAAGCUCCAAAAUCCAUGAGGAUGACUUUCAUCGUGAUAUCCAAACGAAUGUUCCUGUUUUGGCACCGGAAAUUUUGGCCGUGUUCCGAAACUCACAAAUUUUUCAUGAGCAUUCACAGAAAAUAAGUAAGAAUCUUUCUGCAAAGCCAACAUUUAUCACACAACCGACCACACAACACAAUAUCACAAAAGUUCAGCACGAGCAAAAUGUUGCUGAGGAAAAGCUUUUGUCGCGCCUCGAAGGUGAACCCAAAGGUGACACCAAAGAUGAGGAGGAAGAGUCUUCGAGACUGGGAGCUGUGACAAUCAGAAAAUUCUCUUCGAUUCUCGAAGAGGAUGAAUUUAAUUUUGACACCGAUGCACCAAAGUCUCCCAAGUUUCUGGCUCCUCCAGAUGAAAAUCGACGCCCAAAGAGCCUGAAGCAUGUCCAGAGUGUACCUCACCUUCCCAUCAGGCCCAGCAGCGAGACUGAUAUUUUCACCAUAACGUCCUCCUUCAAUCGGAUCAGCAUGACACCAGAGAUUCCCUCCAUCUCCUUCACCACUCUGCCCAAGAACUAUGAGACACCAACAAUGGAACGGUAUCGGGAAUCCGUGAGUCUCCAGUCCAUUCAGACAGCCAAUUGCAUGAGGACAGCUGAAUUUGACUUCUCCAUGCCACGAUACUUCAGACACUCCGAACUCUAUCCUCAGACCAGUGAUCCUCCAACACAGACGGGCAGUGUUGAGAGUGUACUCAAGAGGAGCACAUCCACGCAGAAUCUGAAGCAGCUGGAGAAGAGCAAGAGACUCAAGGCAUUGAGGGGAACUCUGCCUCCGCUACUGAUCGGCGGUCAUGAAAAGGACAAUCACUAACAGCUGUCCAGAGAAGAGCUCCUGGACAAAAUGGUGCCUACAAAUAAAACGGACACAGUAUUACUUAAACUCAAAGUAUUACUGGUUUUUUGUUUUGAAAAAUAAUUUUGACAAAAACCAAGAAAAUUAUUAUCGAAUUGGCUCUCAAUCUAAUAAAAAUUGCAAACUGUAGCUUAUGAGAUCGGAAACUGAUAGAAAAAUUUAUGAGAUAGAAAUUUUCUGGCGUAUUUUACUUUUGGGAUAUUAUUCAACUUUAGAUUCCAUCCUGUAAAAUAAAGCAUUAUUUUUAAUUUUAAAAUGUGAAACAGAGAUGAAACAUUGUUUUUUAAAUUUAAUAUGUAUGAAAAAUCUUUUGAAAAUAUGAAAUUUUGCAGAUUUUAUGAUAAAUAAGAUCUACGGAUUACAGGCAACUAAUUUACAAAAAGAAAAAUUCGAAAAAGUAAUUUUUCUAACGUUUUUUGCACCUGGUUUCUAGAACAUACAUGAGGCAAGAAACUUUUGGUACCUACUGUACGUACUAUCAUCAGUUCUUACGGUUCUUACUGGAUUUGAUUUUACAUUAAGAAAUGAAAUGUAGAUGAAGCAUUGCAACGAAAUUAAACAAUGUGAAAAAUCUCUAAGAUAGAAGGUUCUUUGCAACUCUUUUUGAUAAUUUUGAAAUUAUUGUAAAAGAAAAUUCAUAGGUAAUUUAAAAGAAUUAUGAUCAUGUCUUUUUAAAAAAAAGAAAAAUUCAAAUGAAUCAAAAUUCAAUGAAACAUGAAAGUGACAGUAUCUUUAUUUCGUUUAAAGUUUAAAUCGUUUAAAUAUAUAAAAAUAUGGUGGAAAAUGUCUUUUACAAUUGAGUAUUUUAUGUCUGUAGAUUUUGCCAUAAAAAUAUUCAUAGAAAAUGCUUAACAGGUUCAGGAAGAUCCAAUUGAAAAUGAACUGAAAAAUAAUUAAAAUAACUAAAAUAAUAAAUAACUGAAAAUGAAUUGAAAAUAAUGAGCAAAUGUCUAUGAAGCAUGAAACAUGAAAAAACUAUUUCCUGUUUCAUCUAAUUUUAUCCUUAUCUUUCUCUCGAAGGUUGAGUACGCUGGCUAAUAUUUUUUAUUAAGAAAAAACAAUGAGAAAAAUUACUCGAGAUAGAUUAAAAAACGAUAUUUCUGACAAGAAAAAUAUGAUUAGUCAAAAAAUUUAAAAUGUGAGACACGUAUUUGAAUUAUGAAUAAAAGUUGUUUUUUGUUCUUAAA